AUGGCAGCAAUCGCUUAUGACUCGGAAAGUGUGGCUGAAUUAGAACUUCAAGAACUUGAGUCUCCAGGUGGAAUUGCUGCACCAAAUGUCUACAUUAAUUUGAUGGCCAUGUACUUGCUUCGGAAUGACCUAUGUAAUGCUAAAUUUUUGUGGAAACGAAUACCUUCAUCAAUUAAAUCUAGUCAUCCUGAAUUGGGCCACAUGUGGUCAGUUGGACAGAAGAUGUGGCAGAGAGAUUUUCCUGGUAUUUAUGAAGUCUUGAAUCGGGAAUGGCCAGAAAACCUUAAGCCCACAAUGAAUGCUUUACAUGAGUCUACACGUCGAAGGGCCAUUAACCUUGUAUCAAAAGCUUAUUCAUCUAUUAACAUGGACACCUUUGCUACUCUUGUCAGUGUGCCACUUGCUGAUGUAAAUAAAGUUGCUAAGGCUGAAGGAUGGACUACUGAUGAUGAUACAAAAAUGGUAACCCCUAAAAAGCCAGAAGCUCCUCCAGAUCCUUGCUUACCAAAUGAAGAACACUUGUCUAUUCUAACUGAUUAUAUAUUGAAAGACAGUUGA